GAUGAGGUCCUCAUGGAAACAUAAUACCGGUACAGUUAAAAUGGACAAUGGGGUUGAGCAUACAGGCUGCACGACACACAUUACACAAAUACCCAGGAACGCAUCGAUUCGAUUUUUUCCCCCGAAACAAGAUAUAUUAAACAGAAAUUCCUAUAUGUAAAGCUUCAGAAGACUAAAAUAUUGAGCAACACCCAGCAUUUUGAACAUUUGCAAGUAAUUUCGCCGCGUGAUGAGUGGAGGGGUAGGUCUGGGGCUGCAACAGCCCCCGAAGUCGCCCCUUUCGCCGCGGCAGACCACAUCCUACUCCGGCUUCCAGCUCCCAUCCUCGGGCUCCUCGCAAGCAUCGAACGACUCGGAUUCUGACGACGGCGCCUUACCUUUCCCGACCGCUCUCGCCAGAAAAGACUUUCUCGCACCCGACUUCGAUGCCGCCGCCUACCUGUCAUCGUUAUUCCCGUCAGACGUUGACACGACGUCUGCACACCGGCACCAGACUCUGGAAGAUCUGCGGUCGGACCUGAGGGAACGGAGCGCUACCAUCUCUGCGGAGCUUCUCGAGCUCGUCAACGCAAACUAUACUUCGUUCCUCAGCUUAGGCGACGAGCUCAAGGGCGGCGAGGAUAGGGUCGAGGAUGUGCGCGUUGCGCUGCUAGGAUUCCGUCGCGCCGUGGAGGAUAUCAAAAGUCAGAUCGCAAGAAGAAAAUACGAUGUUUCCGAUGCCUGCGAUGAGCUGGGUGCCGUAAGGCAUGGCAUCGAAAAGGCGCGACGCAUGCUGGAGUUGGAUGAGAGGAUAGGGGCGCUGGAGGCCAGGCUGGCGGUCGACAGUCUACCCAGGGGCUCUGUGGAUGAUAUAUUUGACGACCUUAGUGAUGAGGAUGAUGAUGAGGACGACGAUCUGGAUCACGAAGAUAGCACAGUGGACAAAACGUUCGUCGGGAGCAGCCCGAAGAGGCUGCUUUCUCUGUCGAGAGAGUACAUGCUCGUCAACCAGGUGGCAGAUAUUGUUGGUAGGGAUACCCCUUUCGCGCGGCAGAUGGAGGAGAGAAUUCAAAGAUGCCGGAACACGCUCCUGCUAGACUUGAAUACGGCAAGUAAAGAGGCGAGGAGCGCAGGUCCCCGAGGUCAGGUUAGGAUUUUGAAGUUCCUUGCCAUUUAUCGACUAUUGGGGGCAGAGGCAGAGGCAGUCGCUGUCUUCAAAAAGCGAUAAUGAUGAGCUACAGACGAGAAAUAAAAAGACGACAGGCAGACAAACAACAUAGGUAUGCCUCUAAUGGUAACUCUGAUACCCAAAUCUAUACAUACAUGACAGCGAGUCCAAUAGCACCCGCAGCCACCCUUUUAUCAUACAAUAGCUGAAACAGCAUGUGAUUACAUGGGGC